GAAGCCCCGGAGCCACACUUUUGGUGAAUCAGCCUGAAAGCCAGUGCUCUGUCAGAGACGCUGAACAAGUACGCACAUGGAAGUUGAGGCAACAUGAGGGGACGUGUUGUGGAGGGUUGAAAAAAAAAGAAGAAGAAGAAAGAUUAACACACAGGAAGUAGGAAGUGUGAUAAAGACAGGUUCUAGUAGAGUGUGACAGCCUGGAGAGGAUCUGCGAUAUCUCUAGAGUGUGUAUGAAUGUGUGUGUGUGUGUAUGUAUGUGUGCCUGUGGCGUGUACAUGUGAAAUGAAACACUGACCUGUCCUAUGAAGCAAGGACAAUGUCUCUCAAACUACCUCGCAACUGGGACUUCAGCACCCUCAAGGCCGAGACAGCUAGAAUAGCGCGGUCAAAGAGUGUAAUGCCCGGUGAAGGAAGCCCAGGCUCGGGCUCACCAGGCUCACCCAGGUCCAUGGAGCGGCCGCUGAAGGCCGGCUGGCUCAAGAAACAGCAGAGGUCCAUUGUAAAGAACUGGCAGCAGCGCUACUUUGUCCUGAGAGGAAGCACCCUGACCUACCACAAAGACGACAAGGAGAGCACCGUCCAGGGAGUCAUCCAGCUCAGGUUCAGUAAAGUUAAUGAGCUCCCUCUCAACUCAGAUGAACCCGGGAAGUACCUCUUUGAGAUCAUACCACGUUCCAGUGGAGACAGAGAGCGCUGCCCUAUUGUUUUCAUGGCAAACUCCCAGAGCGACAUGGAGGAGUGGGUCCGGACGCUGCGCCGGGUCAUCGGCGUACCUACUAGUGGAGUGUUCGGAAAGAGCCUCAUGGACACAGUUACGUAUGAGCAGCGCUUCGGGCCUCACAUGGUGCCAAUCCUGGUGCAGAAGUGUGCUGAGUACAUCAGAGAACACGGCCUGAAUGAGGAGGGCAUCUUCCGCCUCCCAGGACAGGACAACACAGUCAAACAGUUCAGAGAUGCCUUUGACGCAGGCGAGAGGCCCUCCUUCCCGAGUGACACAGAUGUCCACACAGUGGCGUCGCUGCUCAAGCUGUACUUGAGGGAGCUGCCUGAGCCCGUGGUGCCCUGGUCUCAAUACCAAGACUUCCUGGACUGCACCCAACAGCUGGACCCCAACAGCACAGCAGGUCAAGAUAAGCUGGAGAAACAAAUUGCGCUUCUUCCCAGAGUCAAUUACAACCUUCUCAGCUAUACCUGCCGGUUCUUGUUUGAGGUGCAGUUGAACUCCAAAGUGAAUAAGAUGAGUGUGGAGAACUUGGCCACAGUGAUGGGGAUCAACCUCCUCAAACCUCAGAUUGAAGACCCCAUCACUGUGAUGAAGGCGACUCCUCAGAUCCAGAAGCUGAUGACGGUGUUGAUCAGACAGCAUGAAGCCCUGUUUCCUCCCUCUAAAGACGUGCUUCCCUCCCCUCCUGCAAAGAAGUCUGGAAGCAAGAAGAAAAGCGCUCCUCGAAGUUUUGUGGGCUGGGAGUCUGCAGAGAUGGGUGAUACCUCUCUUUCUGAGUCUCCAGAGGAGGAGGAAGACAAUGACAGUCCUGAGCCCGAUGGAGGAGACUCCAGCCCUCAAAACACACCCGCGCCCCUCUCACCACCUCCUUCAGACUCGUGGCAGGGAAGUCCCCGCAAACGCACCCAGACCAUGCCGAGCUUUAACUGCCCCGUCACCGGGAUGGCAGCCAAGGCCGAGGCCCUGAACCGCUGGAGCUGCAUCCAGGAGAGCGAGGAGGAGAAGGGCGGGACGCUGUCGGAGGACAUCUUUAAGAUCCUGGACCUAGAGAAGUGCUCGCUGUUCAGCAGUCCUCAGACGACCUCUCGCGCACACGAGGGAAAUGAUAAGUCAAUGGCUAGAAGAGGAAGUAACCCCACAGAUUCUUGUGUUGAGGGCUCCGCUAAACAGGGCAAAGAUUCCCAGCCCUCUCAGACAGUGUCUUAUCAACCGAGUGUAAGGGCCCUGAAAGUGACCGGUUCAGGUCACCAGUCAAACAACCAGCCUGGAAAACUGAGGGACGUCCAGCAGGACUCUCAGCAGCUCAUUGACAGUCUGCAGCAGAAAAACAAGGAGCUGAGUGCCACAGUGGCUGAACUCCAGUCUGCUCUGGAGGCAGAGCGCCGCCAUGUGGCCGCUCUGGGGAUCUGCCUGAAGAAUGCCGAGCGCAGCAGGGAUGAGGCCCAGCGACGCAACCAGGAGCUGCAAAAAGACAUCCAGCAGUUCCUCACCAGAGAACCACGAGCUCCCACCUAAAAAUAACUUUCAGACUCAACAGAGUGAGGAUUUGUGACCCUGUUAGCUUCCAGAGAGCUCGUGUCACACGGACUGGUUAUGGACGAUAGUGUCAUCCUCCAUUAGGGAUUUGUGUUCCCGUGUGAGCUCAGAUACUGGCUCUUGGAGUGACGUUAUUUGCUUACUGGUUUGUGCAUUUCAAGAUGAUCAGUAGAGAAGCUAUUGAUCUAAAUAGGUUUUUUUAUAUAUAUAUUUGUAUGCAAUUGACAUUAAAGACACCACAGGUUGGGAGUGAUGUGGCUGUUCGUGAAUUGCCUUGAUUUGGUGUAUAAAGUGUGUUAUGAAGUGUGCGAGAGCAGGUGCCACACACUGAAACAUUCCAAGUUUAUGAAGAUAAACUUGGAACCUUAUGAACCCUAUGUUCAUAUCGCAACUCGAAAGUGUAACUCAUGACACAGAUGUCAGGAAUUUCUCUCUCAUGAAUUCAAGGCAGCGUGGAAAUGUGAAAAUCUGAACAGCUUAAAUCUGAAAUUAGAUCAAACUGCUCUGGAGAGUUUGAUCAAAAGCAGACUGGACUGAAUCUGAAUUAUUUUAUUUUCUGGUACAACAAAUAAUAUAUGUAAUGUAUGGAGUGCAAUUGUCCGUGUUGUCUCAUGUCUCAUUUAAGUGGUAAAUUAAUAAAACAACACAAAUCUCAGAGUUAC